UAAGAGCAAAUAAAUUCUGGGGAAAAGAAAAACGCUAAUAAGGAGAUCCAGAGAGGUGCGUAGCGAGAGAGAGAGAGAGAUGUUGAGGAGUAGCGUACCUUCGAUAGUGGCUCUAGGGACAGCUGAUCCAGAUGACAGCGGAGACGGUGUUUUAUCACGUAAAUUCUUGGGAAUGGUUUCACCCGGAGGUGCCUUUAACGUUCAAUUCUACUUCAGGUUCUCUGUUUUGGACCCUGUUGCCAAGUUUGCAUUGGAACCGGCCAAAUGUGGGGGUGGACUUGUCAACGUAAGAUGCUGUUAUAACAAUCUUUACUGGAGCAGGCCAUUUCCAAACACAACCACCAUUAUAGCAGAAGCUAGCGAGCCGGUGGAAGACAAAUCAUCCUACAAGUGCACACUAUUCAAGCCCAACUUGAUUGAGUAUGACGGCCAACCUGCCGUGCAAUUUCUCCAUGUCGAAACUGGGCGCAAUCUAGUCCUCUACUGGAGCGACUCUCUACACUAUCGAUUCCUUAUGGUGAGCCAGUCCGACUCAGAAUCCGAAACCAGUCCCCUCACAUCCAUCUUAAUCGAUUAUGACUCCUUGGUCAUCCUACCCAAACGAGUCAUAUUUCGAGGCAGCAACAAAAAAUUUCUCCAAGCCUCCUCCGACCACUACCCUCAAUUCACCCAAGACGACCCCGAAUCCGAAACGGUCGUGCACCAGGUUUUCACCACCAGUGACGGAUUAAUCCAGAUUAAGAGCAGUGAACUGGGCAAGUACUGGAGGCGCAGUGCGGAUGGCAACUCAGAUUGGAUCAAAGCGGAUGUCGACAAGAUCAAUGGCGACUUUAAUGAUGACCCCAACACAUUUUUCCAAGUGGUUAAGGCCGGAGGUGAUGCCACCGUAGCGCUGCGCAACUUUGGCAACAAACACUUCUGCAAAAGGCUUACCAUGGACGGGAAACAGGACUGUGUGAACGCUAACGCGCUGAGCAUGAUUAGUGAUGCCCAGUUUGAGGUGCACGAGCCUGUGGUUUCGAGGUUGGUUAAGGAGGUUACGUACAGGUUGGAUGGUGCUAGGGUUUUUGGGGUGGAGGCACUCUCAUUGGCCGAGUCUGAUGCUGUCAACAGAGGAAACACUGACUCUCAGAUUCAGCUCCAAUUCGAACGGACUGUAACUAGAAGCAGGACCUGGGGUCAUAACAUUGGUGUCAAAGCGGGCGUGAAAACUGAGUUUAAAACCGGUGUCCCGUUUAUAGCUGAGGGCAAAAUUGAAGUCUCGGCUGAAGGCGAGUAUGGGUACAACUGGGGAACCACCGAGGAAACUUCUGACAAGAUUUCAACAACUCAUACAGUGACGGUGCCACCGAAGAGUAGGGUCACGGUUCGGCUGUUAGCAACUAAGGGUACAUGUGAAGUUCCCUUCACAUACACCCAGGUGGAUCGACUCUACAAUGGUGACGUCAUCACCUCCACCAUGGACGACGGUGUUUUCAGUGGGGUCGAUUACUACAGUUUCCACCACACUUCUUCUGCGCCGGAGCCUCUCCCGGCGGCCAUAUAGCUUAAUAAACAAGCCCAUCGAUGUUCUAUCUAUAUAUCCAUCUGAAUAAAGACUGGCUUAUUAUGGAAUUGCAUAUUCCAUGGUAAGCAACCGCAGAAUAAUUUGGUAAUAAUGUCCUUAAUUAUUGCGUCUAAUAAAACAAACCUUCUUGUGCACGCAGCCACUGUGCAUCCGUCAACAUUUCUUGUCUACUCUCUAUCAUCCUUGUACUCCGUUCCAAAUGGAUGAAAAAUGUUGCGAUAUGAUAACUCCAUCUUGUUCUUUUUUUAUUCUACAUAUUUUAAGUGUUAUUGCACGAAAAUAGUAAUAAAUUUACCCAUUAAUG